CCCAGUGUGACAGAAGCCAGGCUCCAGUAACCGGAUGUGACUGGUACCAGGGGAGUUGGAGAAGAACAUGCCUGGGCUUGCACACGAGGCUGUUGCUGCUGUUGUACAGAGUUGUUAAAUAAAGAUAUACUCCGUUUACGUCGUCGUACGAGCCUUAUUACAAGCAUAACUCGACAAGCGGGAGGCGGCGCGGCUGCAGUGAACCAUUCCCUCCGCUGGCGGCGCCACUGAGCGGCGGUGGGAGGGAGCGAACAUCAUCGAGCGGAGCUCGGGAGGGAGCGAGAAGCGGAGCUCGAGUCGCCGGCGGAAAAUACAACACACCAUGGGUAAAUCGUUCUCCCAUUUACCAACUUUCUCAAGACAAAGCAAGAAAGAUGAUACAGAAUCCAUUGUGGCAGAGACCGACAGAAAAACUCUAGAAAACACAGAUGAAGUACAGGGCAAUAAUGGAGAGCCCAGUUCUCAUGUUCCUUAUGUAGAGUUUGUGGGACGGGAAAACAUCACAUGUUCCACAUGCCAAGGGACUGGAAGAAUACCAAGAGGCCAGGAAAAUGAGUUGGUUGCCCUAAUACCAUAUAGUGACCAGAGACUACAGCCACAGCGAACGAAGCUCUAUGUGGCAGUGGCUGUGGUGAUCAGCCUUUUGAUUAGCGGAUUUGCGAUCUUCUUCCUUUUCCCACGUUCCAUUGAUGUUGAACACGUUGGUAUUAAAUCAGCUUACGUCAUUGAUGACAAGAAGGAUUAUAGAGUUAUUCUUAAAAUUACGAAUAUUUUAAAUGUAACAAACUACAACUUCUACAGCAUCAGUAUUACUGACCUCAGUGUGCAGAUUGUGUUUUUUAAUGAGGUUCUGGGAACUGUCAACAUCAAAAACACCACAGUCUUCAGGCCUUUGGGAGGUGGCCAGAUUUUCUAUGCUGUGACAGCUACAUUGGAUGAUCUGGGCAUGUACCAUUAUUGCACAAUGCCUGAAAUCAAAGUCCACAAUAUUGUGAUCUCAAUACAAGCGACCGUGACAGCCUGGUAUUUGUCACACUCGGAGCAAGUCUCUGUUGAUGCCUACCAAUAUGUUGACUGUGGCUCCAAUACCACUCAUCUUCACAGCCCCUAUUACCCUCCCCAGGACAAACAUUUGCAAGUGAUGCUCAGCUAACUCAAAAGAUGCUUCUGCACUUUCACUGAAGGCUUCCAGCAUGGCACCAACACAUCCUCCUCUGUGCGUAGAUACUGUGCUUCAGAUCUGGUGCGAAAAUCUAACCAAUUUUGCACCCAUCCUGCUUGAUUAUGUUAUAGUACCCUGUGUAAUAGUGUAACACUUCCAAGAUGAGUAAAUGAACUUGAAAUAUUAAGCAUAUCAUGGUGAUUUGAUAAUCUUAUGAAAACAAAUACAGCUGAAUUACUGAAGCUGAACAAUAAUUCGAAUUUAGAUGGAAGUGAACCGAGACAGUUGUCAAAGUUGCUUAAUUUUGGAUAUGACAUCCAUAACUUUAAUAGCCUCCAAAUUUAAGUGUGCGGUUCUUCAAAUACGACCUCAUUGUCUGUCUCCCAUUAGACAUGAUGAGAACAUGUCAAAAGGUGUUAUUUUGUACAAUGUCUGUGGACAGUCUUUUGGGUAACAUUUCAUUAUGGUGCAUUAAGACUGAAACUUUGGGAGAAAAAAAGGUGUAACAUUGUCAAAGUACUUCAAUUACAGGAAAGCGGGAUGUAUAAUAAUUAAAAAGGAAUGAUAGAGUCAUACAGCGCAGAAACAGGCCCAUCGGCCUAACUCAUCCAUGAUGACUAAGAUGUCCCAUCUAAGCUAGCUCCAUUCGCACGUGUUUGGCCCAUAUCCUUCUAAACCUUUCCAAUCCAUGUAUCUUUUUGGGAAGUAUGUUGAGUGAAUGUUCAGAAAAUAGAAAUAUGUGGUAGUGCAGUUGGCCAUUCAGCCUAUCUUGCCCAUGCUUUAGUUUACCGACUGUCUUGUACAGUUCCAGCACAGAUUUGCCUCUACUCCCCAUGGUGGAAUAGUCUGUGUGCAAAAUGUUGGUGGAGUGUUACUGCCUAAAAAAUCACAUCAACAGAGGAGAAAAAAAACCUGCUAGCCACUUUUUGCACCUGAUUCUGGGAGGUUUUCCCAGCCAAGAAUAGGAAAGUUUUUUUAGUACAACUAUUCUAGAUGGGUAUUGUUAUUUGGUUUGUAUUAUAGCCUUAAAAAGCAAAUAGAGCAAUUUCAAAAGUUUCAGAUUCAUUAUUAUAUUAAAAGUAUUCAAUAUUUUUUUCAAUUAAAUAGUUGUUUACUAUUCUCUCACUUUAAACAAUUGAAUUCAUGGCAUUGCCAGUACUAAGUUGGCCCUGAGCUGAAGAUGCAAACGCAUGGGUGUGUCUGCAAUCACAUCUUCAUCUGAAUGAUAAGUGAACCGUUGCUUUUUAUAAAAAUCCACUAGUUUUAUGGUUAUUGUUACAUAGACUAAAAUUAUGUUUAGUUCCAGAUUUAAUUUUACUUAAAUCUAAAUUCUUGUGGGAUAGAGGGUCAGGUGGUAUACAAUGGAAACAGCUAGACGUACAACUAGCAUGUUCUUUUGGUUGUUUGAAAUUCCUUCAUCACUAAAGUAGUCACCCUCUAAUACAUGUGUGCAGUUGGUCAUUUCAGGACAGAUCUAUUUUAAUUAAAUAGAAAAAUAUUUAGUAGAAUAUCAUUCUUUCACCCAAACCACCCAAUGGAGACCCCAACAAAUAUUUUUGCUUUAUUUAAUUUUGAUUGAUAUAACUCAUCUUUCCUACUACAAUUGGUAAAUAUGUGCAAUGUUUUCAGAUUAUUUCUAGUUGUCAUUUUGGUCUCAGUGUCCUAGCCACCUGGGACAAUACCUUUUGUUGAGUUCAGUGAAAACAAGGCUGGCCUGUUUUAUGCCUUUUACUUAUUUAAUUACAUUCAAAAUAUUUUGUUUUUCUUCACAUAAAUAAUACAUUUUAAGAAGGAACUGCAGAUGCUGGAAAAUCGAAGGUAGACAAAAAUGCUUGAGAAACUCAGCGGGUGAAGCAGCAUCUAUGGAGCAAAGGAAAUAGGCAACGUUUCGGGUCGAAACCCUUCUUCAGACUAAUGUGAGGGUGGGGGAGCAGGAGGAAGAAAGGAAGAGGUGGAGCCAGAAGGCUAAGGGAGAGCUGAGAAGGGGAGGAGAAAGGAAGGGCUACCUGAAAUUAGAAAAGUCAAUGUUCAUACUGCUGGGGUGCAAAUUGCUCAAACGAAACGGUGCUGCUCCUCCAAUUUACGGUGGUCCUCACUCUGGCCAAGGAGGAAGGCAGAACAGAAAGGUUGGAUUCCGAAUGGGAGGGGGAGUUGAAGUGCUGAGCCACCGGGCGAUCUGGUUGGUUAUUGCGAACCGAGCGGAGGUGUUCGGCGAAGCGAUCACCAAGCCUACGCUUGGUCUCGCCGAUGCACAGCAACUGACAUCUAGAGCAGCGAAUGCAAUAGAUGAGGUUGGAGGAGGUGCAGGUGGACCUCUGUCGCACCUGGAUAGACUGCUUGGGUCCUUGAAUGCAGUCAAGGAGGUAAAGCGACAAAUGUAGCAUUUCUUGCGGUUGCAAGGGAAAGUGCCCGGAAAGGGGAAUAAAUCUUUGUCCAUUGCUUUAAGUUAAAUUAUAAUCUUGGCAUAUUCAGAUUGUAGAUUAUUGUUUUUUGAGCCAAACUUUAUGAAAAUCCAUACCAUCUUCAGCACGUCAGACGUAACACGUUUUUUUAAAAUUAAAAGUAUAAAAUCAUGUUGUGAGACAAGGUAAACCCAGAGGAAAAACUUAUGUCUUAAGAUUUUUUUGGUCUUCAGUCCCGAUGUAGAGCCCUACAACAUGAAAUAGUUUAUUGCAGAAGUGUCAUUUAAUGUUAUGGUAUCCCGUGGCUUUUGUAUGUGUCAAGGUAAUUAGCCAAAUUAAACUAAACCUUUUAUUAAAAUGCAAUUGAGCCAGUGCAUACUGUCCCUUAUGGUUGUCUCCAACUGUAGUUAACAAGAAUAAGGGCAACUUGUAGGCAUUCAACCAAUAUCAAAUGAUCCUUUUAUACAAUGUCACAAAUUUCUAUCCAGUACUUUGAAUGGACCAAAAAUGUUGGGCACGUCUGAUAUGUUCUAAUCAAAUAUAAAAACCUUCUGGUACUUGAGGUUGCAUCUCAUAUGUUUGUGGAAUCAAAUUCAGUUAAUCUACGAUAUAUUUGGGCAGAGAGGAAGUACAUUUCUUGAGAAUUUAUAAUUUCGCUCAAGCAAUAGGUCAGAGGAAUUCUUUAUUUUCACUGUUACAAUGUUGAUACACCUAGUAACUAGGAAACUUGAGUGCAUAUCAUGAUCAGUCACCUUGAUGCAAUUACUGAAUGUGAUAGUGCAAAUAUAUUUAGAUAUUCUUCUCUGUUUGAAAGUAUUAUCACUUUAGUUUCUGUCACUGUGGACAUAUGAAGUUUUUCUUUUAUUGUAUGAUGUAAGGACACCUUAUUAUGCAGUGAAUGGCUUUUUAAUUAAAACUGAUGCCAUCCGCAAUAUUAAUAUUUCAAAAGUUAACAUGCUAAAUGUGUAUGCUGUAACAAUUUUUCAUUUUAUUAUCAUGAAAUAAUUGUCGCUUUAUCUUGUUCCAUGUAUGAAGAAAUGCUGAUGUAAAUGUAUUUAGUGAUCAUUGAAAUGAAGAAUUGUCCUGUAACUUAUUGAUCUGUCACUUCCUGUAUGUGUAUAUAAUUAUACCUGACACUACAGAAUUGAGCAUCAAAUUGACAAGAAGUGUACCAGUCUGAAUGGUGCUAGGCAUGCAGCAGAUCAAUAUAUAAUUUUUAUUUGAAUUUUGAGCCUCAGUGAAUCAGUAAAUUAUUCAUAUUCAGUCAUUUGAGUUCACGGCCUUUUAGUAAUACUGGCCCUUAUCAGGAAGAUCAAGAAGGAAACAGAUUCAGGCUUGCCACACCUCCCUAAUCCCCAUUCUCCCGCUAUCUCCCACCCACCCAGGCACCCUGCUCCUUUUUCCUCGUUCAUCCACUCAUCUUACAUCCAAGUCCUUUAUUUCCCUUUUGUCCUCCCUCUUUUCCCUCCCCCUGUUCCCUUACACCCAUAUCUCCUCCUCCUGCUUAACAUUUCACUCCUCUUAAUAUCUGACACCCUUUGUCUCCUUUUCACCUCCAGCCUUUAUCACUUGCACCUAUUGCUGAUGUAAACCCUCUCACCAUUAUCCACCUAUGACUUGCCAGCCUCUGACCCACUCCCAUCGAUCUUUGCCAGCUUUCUCACGAGUUUACUACUAUCAGUCAAACUAAGUGUUCUUAGCCCCAACCCCGAAACAUCAGCUGUCCAUUCCUUCCACAGAUUCUGCUUGACAUACUGAGUUCCUCCAGCACUUUAUGUUUUAUUCAAAAUGCUGCAGUUCAUUGUGUCUCCAAUAUGCAUUUGUCUGAACGUGUGCAGCUGGAUUCAGCAUCCCUGAUCUCAGAAGAUGCUGCCUUAGAACUGCUGUUCCUGAUUCAGUCUGUAAACUCCGGCUAGUGUUUGCAUGGUGGGUGAGAUGGGUCAAGAUCAGGAGAAUGUCCUUUAUAGUUGCAUGGCUACCACUCACUAUGUCAAACAUAAAUAUUAGCCUCUUGAUAAAAAUGCAUCACAGUUUGUGCAUUUCUCCUGUAGCAAACGCCUUCAAGAGAUUUAAUGUGAAAAGGGAAACGUUUAAGAACUUGUUUGCAUCCUGGUUCCAUCACUGGUAAAUGAAGAAUACUAACCUUGCUCUGUAUCUUGUCCAAAUUAAUGUUUUGGGGAACUGACUGUUUAAAUGUUUUGGCAUAUGUUAUUUUAAUGUUUUGUUUAUACCGCUCGUUGCUUGUGGACAAAUCCGUGGCAUUGAGAUGGCAAAAAGAGUGCAACAUUACUGUGCACAUAAUUUAAGUUUGCACUGCUUACUGAAUUAUGACAAUUUACAAAAUUAAAACAAUGUUGAUGAAUUUCAAAUGCGGUUUCUCCAUUCGUAUAUGAUCCGACGCAGUAAAUUAAGAUCUGAGUUCCAUGAAUUUAAACUUUAGACGUUUUUGAUGUAAUUUGAACAGUUGGAUUAAAGAAUUAAAGUUCCUUCAGGGGUGUUCAUUGCCACAUAUAAUUAAGAAUUUCAGAAAUGCCUUUCAAAAUUGGUCCACAUUUCCCGUGAAAUAUGCUGCCAUAUUGCUGUCAACAUGUAGAGUUGUAUGACUAGCAAAACGCAAAGGAUUAUUAAAGUGCACUAACUAAUGUUGGUAAACCUGGUUUCCUUUAUUUUUCAAACCCAAUCCUAGGAAUAGAACCAUCUAGUUAACUAGAUAACUAAAUCACGUAUUUUUCUUAGUUUUGUAAAUGAACUUGUGGGAGAGUGUCAUGAAGUCCUGAGGCCAGCUUGUGCUGAGCAUCUUUUUAAUAACAACCAUGUUGGCCUUUGAGAAAUACUGGUCCCAAACUUGGCCUUCUAUCCAUUAUAAUGAAUUUGGACCUGUAAUUAAUUUACAUUGUUUAAAAGAACUACCACUUUUAAUUGAUGUCAUGACAUCAAUAUAUUAUCUGUCGUGACCAUGUGAGCAUCUAAAUGUAUGUAAAACCCAGUGCCAUUUUACCAUGGUAACUGUAUCCGUGAGAUCAGAAACUUAAAAGAAUGAGCUGUUCUUAUCUUAAUUGUACUGUUGCUGUAAAUAUGAAAAACAUGCCGUGUGUUCAUUGUUUUUGUCAAAUCCAAAUAUGUAUAGUGCAAAAACUAAACAGUUAUUGAAUUAUUGAGGUCUAAUUUAACUCUUGAUGAUGUUAUUUUAAAUAUAAUGUUCUGUAGAAAGUCCUACAUCAUAUGUUAUUAUUUUAGAUUUGUACUGCCCUUUGUUUUCAAGUGAAUUGUCGUGCAGAUGUAGCUUCAUCGUUAAUUAAAGGAUAAUUGAAGUU